UGCUGUGAUGGUGGUGCUGUGCUAGUCUGCUCGGGUCUGCUCUAGUGGGGAAAAAAGGCUGAGAAGAAAAAUUCGCCGCCAUCUUGACGUGUGUGUAAAAGUUUGUCGUUCCUUCGGUUUCGGUAGUUCCCGUGCUGUUUGUCCUGUGGCCCAGAGUGUGCCCGGAUCUAGAGUAGGUUCCUGUGGUGUGUUCGUUUCGGUCGGAACCGUGUGAACGUCGUAGUUGAUACGUUUUCGGUGUCAUUCUGUUGUGGCGUUCGUUGGCAAACCCGGCCGGAACUUUCACCUAUCUUUUUUGCUCGGUCUCGUCAGCUCGUGACUUGGAAGAAUCGUCGAAGAAAAAACCCCAUCGGAAGAGGCGGUGUCCCUGUGUGUAGGGGUGCAAGAUACGGAACGGUUCUUUGUCGGAUAGGGUGAAUGAAUUUCAAUCUUUUGUCCAUCAGAAGUCGGAAAAUUCCUUUUCUCCGGAGGAAAAAGAAAAGCUGUGUUAAAUUCCAAACAUUUAUCUAAAAUCAGCAAGACAACGUGAUCCUAGUAGAGGAACUUCUCAGUCCACUAGCUCCACCACCUAUCUCACCGCAUAGUCGCAAAAUAAAAACUCACCCAACAACAGCAGCAACGCAGAUAAAAGAAAAUCGUUCCCUUCUACUUAGGUUAGGAUUUUUUAAAAGCAACUGAUAAGAGGGCAGAUUAGCGCGGGCGCACGUUUAAGAGUCUGAGAGGUGUGUACCGGAGUGUGCGUGCGUGAGUGGGUACAUCUGUGCGGAAAAGACGUCACUUCCAUAGAGAACAACAAAAAAACAUAAUCAAGUGCAUUGUGCGAAUAAAACAGAGAGACAGCCAGCAUGGGAAACGUAUUCGCAAACCUGUUCAAAGGCCUGUUCGGCAAAAAGGAAAUGAGAAUUCUGAUGGUCGGAUUGGACGCCGCCGGUAAAACCACAAUCCUGUAUAAACUAAAAUUAGGAGAAAUUGUUACAACGAUUCCUACGAUUGGUUUCAACGUGGAGACUGUAGAAUACAAAAACAUUAGCUUCACCGUGUGGGACGUCGGCGGUCAGGACAAGAUUCGACCACUGUGGAGGCAUUACUUCCAGAACACGCAAGGUCUUAUCUUUGUAGUGGACAGUAACGAUCGGGAGCGUAUUGGUGAAGCCCGCGAAGAACUGAUGCGAAUGCUGGCAGAAGAUGAACUCAGAGAUGCCGUUCUACUUAUAUUCGCCAACAAACAGGAUCUACCAAAUGCGAUGAACGCCGCUGAAAUCACCGACAAGCUGGGCUUGCACUCACUGCGAAACCGCAACUGGUACAUUCAGGCCACCUGUGCGACUAGCGGCGACGGUCUGUACGAGGGGCUCGAUUGGCUGUCCAACCAGCUGAAGAAUGCCAACCGCUAGGAUGUUUGUCUAGGUCUAGAAACACUACACACUCUAGGAAUGUAAUACAAAAACAACAACAACAAAACAGACAGAACAUAAGAAAACCGCUGAAUUUGGGGGAGUCUAGCCUAACAGCAGCAGCAACAUUCAAUUUGUUGGGGAAGGACGAGCAAAACAUUUGCGAGCGAGCGAGAUCGAGAUAUAAAAUUAAAGAAAAAAAAACACUACAUAUUAAGAUUUAAAUCGUACAUCCGAGCGAGAGCGUGAGAUAUGAAAAUAAAAAAAAAACAGAAAAUCUGCAAGUAGCUCCUUCGUUGAUGAUAACAUGGAAAAUAGGGCAAACAUCCAGCGAAUAAAAUAGCAAAAUGAAAAAAACCCUCUUGAUAAAAAUAUUAAGCAAAAGCCAGUCUGGUGACGUGUGUGUGGAUGAUUACAUUGAAAACUGAACAGAAGAAAAUAAUACAAAUUAAUUAAUGCUAAACAAAAAAUAAAGGAAAAACAGAAAAAACAACCCGAUGCUGAAGCGUAUUAAAUAAUUUAGCAUGUGAGAAUAGAAAGAAAAAAAAAUCAUAAGCUAAGCUGUGCUGAAAUGAUAAAUGCAAGGAAGUGAACUGGAAUAAUAAUAAAACAAGAGUGGACAAAGUUAAAUCCAAUAAUGGUAACAAAUGUGCUUAUUAUUGAGUGUGCUACCGUGCGUGUAUCAAGUGGAAAUCGGGAGUGUCACCCUGUUACCAGGUGGUCGUUCCCCCUGCCUGCAUAGAUCCGUUCCUCUCGUUAUCUUUAGACUACUAUAGGGUCUUGCUGCUUGGUCUAGGUUUGAUUGUGUUCCGUUCACACUCCCCCGUGUUUUAACGAAGACAAACAUAUUGAAGGAUUUCCGCUGCUCUGAGCUUUACCGAUUGAAAAGUGAAAAAACAAAAUUCGGCAGAACUAUCACUGAACAUUCAGGUUUAGUGAUCGAGAAAUCAGUUCGGCCCCCCAAUUGAUUGUUUAGCAAAAAUUUGUUUUCUCUUAUUACUACUACUUUAAAUCCACACAUUGUGCAAGUGAUUUGUUUUCGCUUAUUUCUGUUCCACCUAAUGACGGAGCUUAAACGUUUUUUCCCGAGGAUAUAUUGAAAAAAUAACUAAGUUUUUUUUUAUUUAUUAUGGCUCCCUCUUUUUAGUAACUGUAUUCGUGUAAUGGCUAGAUCACAAUUAUUAAGUGGUGAAAUCAACAUUCGCAUAUGGAUAAGGAUUAUUUAGUUGAAGAAUGUGGGAUAUGAGAGCUUUCAAUUUGAUUUUAUAUAUUUUGUUCUUGUGCACCAUCACUGAAAUUUUCGAAGCAGAAAUUGAAACAUCAAAAACAAGCAAAAACUAACGGACUGGAUUGUGUCUGGAUGGCUUUGAAGGGGUAUAAACUUUUUUCUUUCAUUACAUAGUAGGUAUCAAAUAAAACAAAACAAAAAUCCAUUUAUCAAAAUCACACACACUCACACAAGUUCACGUUCAUUAUCAAAUGAUGCCACACAACCCGGGAAAGAUAGAUCGGUCAUGUUGUGCAGAAAAGGAAAACUUAAAACAGAAGAUAUCACAACGUUAUCCGCGGAAGUGGAACAACAUCUGAGCGAACACCAGAAGUUAAACGGAAGGAUACGAU